AUGCGUCUCAUCGCCUUCGUCUCCGCCUUUGCGGCAAUUAUCGGGAUCGCAAAUGCUAUUGCUCUUGCAGAGCCAGAACCGCAGAGCAGCACAUCUGGUAGCUGCUCCUCAGCCCAGCAAGCUUGCAAUGGCGGUUGCAUCUCUCGCACGGCCACCUGCUGCGCUAUCGGAGAUGGCGGUUGCAGAUCUGGCACAUACUGUGUCGUCGGAGGAUGCUGCAAAAUUGGCAAGAUUUGCGAUGGAAGCAGUGCAAGUACUACAACAGCACGCGGAGGUCGCUCUAGAACCAGCACUCGCUCCACUUCAUCGUCAACUUCCACUACUGGCUCAAAGUCUACUCUAGGGAGCUUCGCCACUGGUCCUGUGGGGGCAUCAGUGCCGACGUCUACUUUGCUCAGCGGAGGAUGCGUCACCAAAGUCAAGCGGAACCUGGUUGAGAGCUUCGUCGACAGCGUCCAUAAUCUAGUCGUCCGUUCACCAAAGGGCGGCAAAGGAGGAUCUAGCCAGAGCAGCGGCAGUUCGAGCUCGAGCUCUGGCUCUGAAUGCGGAUCUGAAUCCGAUGCCAGCACCAUCCGCCUGUCUGUAGGCGUCGUUGGCAGCGUGCUCGGUGCGGCAGGAGUAUUUGUCUUCGCAUUAUAA